UUUGAAUCAAAUCACUCCCUUUUUUAUUCUCUUUAAACCAAAUUCACAGCCCAUAAAAACCUUUCCUUCUUCCUAUUUUGUUUGCUUCAUAAAUCCAUAUUAAACUCUCAUAAAACAAAACUCUCUAAUCAAAUGGGUUUUUUCAAUCACUUUUUGUUUCUUUUAAUCUUUUGUUGUGUUACUACAGCUUUUGCAACAAACCAUAUUGUUCUAAAACCAAACAGUUCUUCUUCUUCUUCGAUUCUAGCUGGACUCGAUAUCUCGAACAAUCCAACCUUAGAUGAUUGCGGAUUCACCUCACCAGAAGAAACCAAUUCCCACUAUUUACCAAAACCAUCAGUCAAACUCCAAUUAAAACACACGUCAUCAUCUUCAACUCAUACAAAACCACCCGCAAAAGACUCAUUAUUCGAUUCUACGAUAAACGAUCUCACCAGAAUCGAAACCUUACAUAAAAGAAUCCUGGAAAAGAAAACGCGCAAUUCUUUUCCAGGACGAAUAAAACAAGAAAGUGUAAAGGAAAAACCGACGGGAGGUUCUGAAACAGAAGCAGAACCUCCUGUCGGGAUGGAAACCUAUGCAGGUAAACUUAUGGGAACCUUAAAAUCCGGAGUAACACUUGGCUCUGGAGAAUAUUUUAUGGAUGUUUUUAUAGGUACACCUCCUAGACAUUAUUCUUUAAUUCUAGAUACAGGUAGUGAUUUAAAUUGGAUUCAAUGUACACCAUGUUACGAUUGUUUUAAUCAAACCGGGCCUCAUUACGACCCCAACAAUUCAUCAUCUUAUAGAAAUGUUAGCUGUCAUGAUCAUCGGUGUGGUCUAGUUACUUCUCCCGACCCAGCCCAAAUAUGCAAGCCCGAAUCUACAGCCCAAUCGUGUCCUUAUUUUUAUUGGUACGGUGAUAGCUCGAACACGACAGGGGACUUUGCUACCGAGACUUUUACGGUUAAUUUGACUACAAAUGUUGGUGGGUUUAAGCAGCGGCAUCAAGAGGUUCAAGUUGAGAAUGUUAUGUUUGGUUGUGGUCAUUGGAACCGCGGUUUGUUUCAUGGUGCGGCUGGGUUGCUUGGGCUCGGGCGUGGCCCGUUGUCGUUUGCGUCUCAGUUACAGUCUUUAUACGGGCAUUCGUUUUCGUAUUGUCUCGUUGAUAGAGAUAGUAAUUCGAGUGUUAGUAGUAAGUUGAUUUUCGGGGAAGAUAAGGAUCUUUUAACUCACCCCGAGUUGAAUUUUACUGCGUUAGUUGGGGGCAAAGAGGCCCCCGUGGACGUUUUUUAUUACGUUCAUAUAAAGUCGGUGGUCAUUGGGGGUGAAACCCUCGAUAUACCGGAGAAAACAUGGGAUUUAUCGUCGGACGGGUUCGGUGGAACUAUAAUCGACUCGGGAACCACACUUAGUUACUUUGCGGAUCCUGCUUACGACAUCAUCAAAAAUUCGUUUAUGGAGAAAGUAAAAGGAUUCCCAUUAGUGACAGAUUUCCCUAUUCUCGAACCGUGUUACAACGUAUCGGGAAUGGCCGAUUACAAAAACGAGCUACCCUCGUUUGGGAUCGUGUUCAAUGAUGGCGCGGUGUGGAACUUUCCAGUCGAUAACUACUUUAUCAAGCUUGAACCCGAAGAAAUAGUGUGUCUAGCCAUAUUGGGCACGCCUCGUUCUGCUUUAUCAAUAAUUGGUAACUAUCAACAACAAAAUUUCCAUAUCAUGUAUGACACAAAGAAGAAUAGGCUCGGGUUCGCGCCAAGAAAGUGCGCCGAUGUUUAGUUUGUAAGGUUCGUCGGGUGAGUUGUAAUCAACGUGUGACGGGGCAGGGGAAGGUGUAAACGAAAGACCGAAUGGUGGUUUUAUUUUUUAUAUUCUUUUUUAUUUUUAUUAUUUCGGUCGAGAAUGACCGGAGCAUAGAAUUAACAAUUGAUCGACUAUAUAAUUGUUUUUGAUAUUAAUCGAAAAUAUAAAGCUUUACAUUCAUUUUGUUGUAUUGACAACUACUGUUACAUUCUUAUACAUACAUUGUUGUAUUAUUAGCCUAGUGUCUUUUAGGUAAUCAAGAAAUAGACACUUCAUACAGAAAGUAUCUUUCCCAAGUUUGUGUAGAAAUGAUGUAAAAAUAAACGCAAUAACAAUGUCUAUAAAAGUAUGCAAUUUAUUCGUGGAGAAUUGUUAAAUGCCAAUUUUGUUUUUGACGGUGA